AUGCUUGCAGUGAACUCCACAAGCAUUUCAAACGCAUACUUGCCCGCCGCGAACCACCAAGGCCGUUUUAAUACCCUACUCUGCAAGGCGAGUCGACUGUUAAGCAGCAGAAGCCGAGAUAUAUAUGUUGAUUCGUAUCGACCGGCAGUUUCACGUGUACAAUUUAGUCGACCCGACUUCCCAGCUAGCACUAGAACCCAAGGUCUGCCGCUCUUCGUCUACCAACCCACAACUGCUAAUUUUCUGCAGGCUCGCGAGAGAGUGAUCAACGUCGCAGUCACGAGCGGCGUUGUAGCAUAUCAGGACUAA